AUGGCUGAGAGCCAACGGCUCGUCCUGUCCACGCCUGAGCUGCUCGAAAAUAUUCUCCUUUAUCUUGAUGUUCAAUCCCUGCUGACCUCGGCCCAGCGAGUUUGUCGCUCCUGGACUAGGCUAAUUCAGACUUCCCUGAGGCUACAGCAGGCCCUGUUCUUUCAGCCCAUCCCACCAGAGAAGUGCCGCGAAAAGUUGCUUAAUCCACUCCUAGCCAAACAUUUUUGGAAUUUCUUUCCCCCGGCCCGGGACCCAUCGGGGGUGAGAGAAUGCACCUACCUGUUGCUGUCUGGACCGGAGGCGAGUGAGAGGCGCCAGAAACUUUUGCGCUGCGAAGCUAGUUGGCGCCGGAUGUUAGUGCAGCAACCCCCUGCAUCUCUUGCCUAUGUGCAAGCUACUCAUACUCGCGGGGGUUGGAUCUUCAAGCACUAUUAUCUUCCAUGUGACGCCGCUCCUACGACUCACUGGGUUCAUGGUCAGGUUCAAAUGGAUCUGAUAGGGCUGCGGAUGAACAUGCUCUACGACCUAGUCUUUGAGAGCUUGUUAGGGGGCCUACGCCGGCACUGGAUUUGCUGGGAGGCCCAUAUGCCUCCACAGUUUGGCCCGCUUGUUUAUCUAGAGGAGUUCAUGCCGUUGGUUGAACAGGCGAUACAGGAAGCCGAUGUGGUGGUCAUUGAUCAUUGGCGAACAAUCGGGGCCGUGGCUAUGCCAUUUACCUCCUCCUCCUCUUCCACUUCCUCCUAUUUUGCAGACCGCGGACCGGAAGCUGAACAGGGUCAUCCAGUCGGUUCUGGCACUGGACUCACACCAAAUCUGCCUAUCGAGACACUGGAAAGGGCUGGCUCAGAUGUCAGCCGUGUCUAUGACGGUCGAUCCAAUUUACUUUCUGCUUUUCGAAGCUUGCAGUAUCCUUUCCUGGAUUGGGGGGUUGAAGCUAACUCGACAAGGGUGUCUGGUCUUGCUUGCUUGGAGCUGCGGGAGGAGAAAUUCAUACCCAGGGAACAGAGCAGUGACGAAAUGAGUGACGACGAGGAAUGA